AUGCAAAAUAAUUAAACUGAUGAGUUUUACCUCAGAUAUUAGUAAAAUAUAAGAUGUAUUGAUAGUGUUGGACAUAAGGGCGUUUAUGGACAUGAAUUUCUUGAGUUUGAAUUCAGAAGUGAUGGAAGAUUACGUUAUGCAAAUAAUUCUAACUAUAAAGCAGAUGUGUUAAUCAGAAAGGAGUGUUAUGUUUCUGAGUCAGUGAUUUCAGAGUUCAAAAGAAUAAUUGAAGAAUCAGAAAUAAUAAAGUACUGAUUGAAUAUUAUUUGAUAAGAGAAAACGAUUCAAAAUGGCCAGCUCCAGAUAAAAUUGGAAGAUAGGAAUUGGAAAUUAAAUUAGGAAAUGCACACAUUUCAUUUACAACAUCAAAACUCGGAUCAAUACAUGAUGUAUAAAGCAGUCAAGACCCAGAUGGCUUAAGAGUUUUCUUUUACUUGAUCCAGGAUUUGAAAUGCUUUGUGUUUUCAUUAAUAGGACUUCAUUUUAGAGUAUGCAUCUCCUUAAUUAUAAUAGAUAAAACCUGUGAAUUGA